AUGCCGACGUGGCCCUCUCGAAUUCUUCCGAGCACGUCGUCGCCGAGCUCGCAUUCCAAUCCGGCUCAUGCGCCGCCGCCGCCGCCUCCGUCUUCUACUCAUCGCAACCCGAUUGACGCGAAUCGAACUGCAAUCACUGCGAUAGACUACAAUGUGCCCAUUCUCUUCCCAACCGGAGCGCCUGCGGCGACGACGAAUACUUCGGCAUCGACUUCGCGAGCUAGACGUCAAACUCAUGCCCGAUCUACGAGUCAACCGUUCCCCUCGCUGAUGAAUUUCAAUGCACCUCGGAAGCCCGAGAAGAAAUUCACGAAACGUGACUUUGGACUUGACUUGGAUUUCGAUUUUGAAGAUGAUGGUGUUUCAGCAAUUGGAUUAGAUCAGGCGCGGAGUGCCGGCGUUGAAAUGUUGACUGGAAAAUGUAUCACAUGCAAUUCGACUUGUCGUUGGCCGCGACACGUUCAAACCUUCAGAGAUCGGUAUGAUGCCGUGGAAGAUGAUGAUCGUCCGCCACCUCCGCCGCCUAAAAAUGAUUCCCCUGAACUUCCACCUGCUCCUAUAUCAAUUGAGGAGACAAGGCGGAUUGCGGAGACUUGUCUGCUCAAGUUUCUUCAAAGCCGCUUAUCUGGCAAAGAACUGAAAUCUGUACAGCCGGACCAGCAACAUGGCGAAACCAGCAAUAGACGACAAGAGCCGAAAUCGGACGAAAAGCGACCUGCGCCCACAAACGAUUCAUCUGCGAUUGCAGGUACCAGAUUCCUCUCACCACCUACUAGUGGUUCAGGAUACAUGGACCGAAACGAUGGACGCACAAUGCGUGUUCGCUCGAGUUCAGACACGCCGCCCAUGUCACGAAGAAGAGGCCACUCUGCACAAGGCAGAGAACACUCCCCUUUGCGCGUGAAGACAGAACUGAAGACAGAACCUGCAAAUUCCAGAAGUCGCUCUGAGACCCGGCCGUCCAUUUUUAGAACACUGGAGGAGUAUAUCAUCAAAUCCUUCGCAGGUUGCGACUGCCUCAACAAUUCUUUCAUGACUCCUAGUGCUCUCCGUUCCAUGUCAAAUGUCGGGCUUGAGCCACCAAAACAGCCUAUCCAACGUGAGAAUGUACCUGUCCAACAGCAAGAGAAUGUGCUAUCUCCGAAGUCUCCUACCUCUGAAACAGUCAUGUUUCCAGAGAUCGACCCGAAGAUGCUACUUCUGGGCGAUUUGGCCGAAAAUUCCUCGUGGUGGAUGGGCGGCCGGCCGCGCCGUCAUGAGGUCAAGGAUGCCGUUCCAGCAAAGCGAGAGAAAUCGCCUCUCCGAUCGAAGUCCAUUGUCACGACCAAGUCGCCUAGAAUCAACUGGGAAGCGGUAGUUGAGUGGUAUCGGCUGAUCGUACAUGUCGGGGAGAAUUGGAGAGAAGUUUGGAACAACCUCAAGUCAGAGGCGCAAAAUCCUGGUAGUGAAGGUCAAAAGGAAUCAGACACGACGGUGGAUUUGGGCUCGAUAGACAGAGAUAUCGCCGAAGCCCGAGUGCACGCGCAGAAGACCUUGUUGAAGGCUACGGAGAAUUUAUUGAAGCGUCCCCGACGUCCGCUACGCCGCCCUGAAUCGGCUAGAUUCCUACUCAUAUUACUUGCGAACCCUCUGCUUGUCUACACAAAUAUUGGCACACCACCGGUAUCAAGCCUACUUUCGCCGGAUGCCGUUGCAGACAGUCAAAAAUCGAUUCCCAAUUUCAGCAGAAGAUAUGGAUCCAGCGAACGGAAGCCAACGACGUCUUCCUCGAGUAGGUCCGGUAGCCUUGGCCAUCAUUCUGGAAUCAUCAAAAGGAUUUUAGGUCUUCUCGGGAAUCUGCCAAAUGACUGCCAUCACUAUCUGGUUGGGUGGUUUGCGCGCUUUUCUAAAAGCCAGUUUGAGACAUUGGUAGGCCUCGUCGGUCGUUUUGUUACAUAUCGGUUAAGCAGACAGCAUGGCCGUCACCGUAGCGAGUCAGGACAUGCUAUCAACGGACUGGUUCCGAAUAUUCCGGGCGGGAUUGAGAGCUCACCCGCCCAUUUGCAUGCGGUACUUCAUGAAUCGCGCCAGUCGAAUCAGCCCAACGAGGAGAACACUCGUCGUCGAAUGAUAUACAAUACAGAGGACUGGCAGAUUCGGGCAGCAGCCCGGGUAAUGGCAUUACUAUUUGCGGCAAACAAUCAUACAUCGAGCUCGGUACACAAACGAGAUGCUCUUCUCCCUCAGGAUUACAACAAUUCAACGGCGCCUCUUAUCUCGCUGCAUAAAAAAAGUGGUUCGACCAUGAUACCUUUGAAUACAUUCUACAACACACUAUUAGAUUUUUCAGAUCUUGUCUCGGAUUUUGAAGCCUGGGAGUCACGAACUGCCAGAUUUUCGUUUUGUCAAUACCCUUUCUUCCUGAGCAUCGCUGCAAAGAGCCGGAUUCUGGAACACGAUGCCCGUCGUCAAAUGAGUAUCAAGGCCCGGGAGGCCUUUUUGGACAGCAUCUUAAAUCGCAAGGAUGUGAGUCAGUAUCUGAACCUGAAGGUGCGGCGUGACUGUCUUGUUGAGGAUAGCUUGAGAGGAGUCAGCGAGGUGGUUGGCGCAGGGUCGGAAGACAUCAAGAAAAGUCUGCGAAUUGAGUUUAUAGGCGAGGAAGGGGUUGACGCAGGUGGUCUUCGGAAGGAGUGGUUUCUACUGCUCGUCAGGGAGGUCUUUGACCCUAAUCAUGGACUGUUUGUUUAUGAUGAUGACUCGCAAUUUUGCUACUUCAACCCCUAUUGCUUUGAAUCGUCAGAGCAGUUUUUCCUAGUGGGAGUCCUUCUGGGCCUAGCAAUAUACAACUCCACUAUACUUGAUGUUGCACUGCCACCAUUUGCCUUCAAGAAGCUCCUCGCCGCAGCACCAUCUACAAGUAUACCGGCAGCUGCACAAAGGCAACCACAUAACUCAUCAUUAGAUGAUCUGGCCGAGUACCGACCCGCUCUCGCCAAGGGACUACGUGCACUUCUCGACUUUGACGGCGACGUCCAGGAGACUUUUUGUUACGACUUUGUCGCACAGGUAGACAAAUACGGGCAGGCAGUCAACGUACCGCUGUGCCCGAACGGAGAAAAGAAGCCCGUCACAAACACAAAUCGCCAAGAAUUCGUUAGUCUGUAUGUUCAAUAUUUGCUCGACACAGCAGUCCAAAGACAGUUCGAGCCUUUUAAAAGAGGGUUCUAUACAGUUUGUGGCGGUAACGCACUCGCAUUGUUCCGACCGGAAGAGAUCGAACUGAUGGUCCGUGGUUCGGAUGAGCCUCUGGACGUCCCUACCCUCCGCGCAGUAGCCACAUACGAGAACUGGCCACAAUCCAAAAGCAAAGACAUAAACGCAGAAACCGUACCCAUCUCAGAACCAACAAUAACCUGGUUCUGGGACUUUCUCGCCCGCUCCACACCUCAAAACCAGCGGAAAUUGCUCUCGUUUGUGACGGGCAGUGACCGUAUCCCAGCCACCGGAGCCGCAAGCUUGAGUAUGCGAAUCUCGUGUCUGGGUGAGGACUCGACUCGAUAUCCGAUUGCCCAUACCUGUUUCAACAAGCUAGGACUUUUUCGGUAUAGUUCUAGACAGAAAUUGGAGAGGAUGCUUUGGGAUGCGAUUUGUAAUAGUGAGGGGUUUGGGUUGAAGUGA